AUGAAAUUCUUAUCAACUUUAAUCCUUUUAUUAUCAGUCUUAGCUUUAGUUAGAGGUGAACAAUACAACAAAUUCACAGUUGAUUUAAACGGUGUUUGUACUAAUAGCGGUUCUCUUGAUACUUGUACCAACCAAUGUGGAAAUGCCGGUGGUUCAUUCCAAAUCUCUCAAAGUGGUGGCGAAUAUCAAUAUGAACAAUACGCUACUAAGGAUUGUGAUCUUAUGGCUUCAUUAACAAGCAAAUUCGCCUGUCUUGCUGACGAGGCACCAGUCACUUUAGGUUUAGGUAAUAUUAAAAUUACUUGUCAAGACCCAUCAAAUUCAGCAUCUUCUCCAUUAACCACUGCUGUCUUAUUUGUUGUUGCUUUUGCUGCCGCCAUUGCUUUAUUAUUAUAA